AUGAAAUUGCUCAUAUGGCCACGUAGCAUCCACAAAGUACUAAACUAGGACGUUGCGGCGACCACAAACCACCGGAAAACACGCACUCUAUGUAUUUGGGGCAUUCGGCGAGACACACCGCCGGACAGAGGUUCCAUGCAAUGUGAUCAUCGGAUGCGCCAUGCCUGUUCCUCUCUCCCAUAUCGCUCCUGUUUGGCAGGGCCGUGCUCAUCGCAACAAGGUCCUGCACUUGCCUUUUCGACUCGACUCGACUCGACUUGGCUGUCUAAAUAACUUCAGCCCAGAUACAGCUGGUGUUCCCAACCUUCUGCCCUCUGCCACCCCACAAUCCAAGCACCUUUCUCAUACGAGUCAACAUCUCCCUGCUCUGCCCCGAUGUCGCCCACGACUAUCAUCACGCUCUCGUCCAGCACGGAUCAGAUCGAGAAGGAGGCGAAGAAAGACGUCGCAGCUGCAUUCCCGGACGAGGCCUCCAAGGAGAAGGCAGGACAGGACCUGAGUAAAACCCUCAACGAUCCAGAGGUGAAGAAGAGGGCGUACGAAGAUGUCAAGAGUCUCGCAAAGACGAUCCGCGAGAUCAGGGCCGGGUUCGUCAAGGUCGCUGGAGACUUUGUCGGCUUUGACGCUGCCGAAUUCAAGGACAAGAACGGAACUGUCAUCCAACUUGGCAAGAAGUGGCGGCCGUACAUACAGAGGUUUGAUGAUACGCUUCAAUACAGUCUGCAGCAAGCGACCGAGGCCGUCGUCAUGAUGAAGAGUACGUCCUUCAUUUCAACUGUCCUUAUGACCUUUCUGACGCUGCUGCAUACUGCAGGCAUCAACUCGGUGUUGGGCGCAGUCACUCCGGAUCUCGGGAGCGACCUGCGCGUAGAGCUCGAAAGCUUUAUGGAGCAAUUGAAGAAAAAGGAGGGCCAGGCGAUCCUCGUCAAAGGGAAGUUUACCCAGCUCGCGGACGAUGUCCGCAUUUUCAUGAAGGAGGUCGACGUCGCGCUCGACAAGGCGGAGGAGGCUAUCAAGAUCGACCUUGAGAAGGCCCAGAACCGUCUGAGCGAUCUUAAACAGCAACUUGAGGAUCUUGAAGCCAAGAUCAAAGCCCUGACCAUCGCGACUGUCUCUGAGGUGGUUGCUGGCGUUGGCGCAGCGGCGGUAGCUAUCUUCACACUCAACCCAGUCGCUAUCUUCGCUUCAGUGGGCUCGUUCAUUGCGGCCAUCGGCACCGGGAUCGCCCUUGCGAAGGCAAAGAAAGAGAAAGAAAAAUGUCAGGAGGAGAUUGUGAAGGUAAACAAGGAGAUCGAGUACUUGCAAGAACGACAGGAGCUGCUUAAGAAAUAUCGCAAGAGCCUGGAGGAAAGCAAGAACACUAUCAGCGAGGUCUCUACCAAGAUCGAGACCAUUGCCAACAUUUGGAAUACGAUCAACCUGGAUAUGCAUGCGCUUCACACAAGCCUGCACGAGAACAUCGCGGACGGCCGUCCCAUAACAAAGUUCUUCAUCGCGAAGCUCGGGGUGGCAAAGGAUAUCUACAGCCACCUGAUCUUGCUUCUCGAGACGUAUGUCGAGGAGGUCCGGGCGGUUAACAAGAACUGAUGGGUGGAGCUGUGUGCCCGUGUCAAAGCUCCCGAUCUUAGUGCGCAUCUGUUUGCGAUUGUAGGGUGGUUUUGUGAUUGCUCCGGUUUCGAAUUGUUUGUUCUUUACUGUUGCCGCUCGCGCUUCAGCACUGGCGCCGUGUGAUCCGUAAAAAAAUCAGGCCAGGGCGUGAUU